ACAAACUGCACAUCCGGGAAACGGAACCUGAUCUGCAAAAGACGUGGAAUGUCUCAUUUCUUUUCUUCCGCCCUUCAAACCCGCAGGAGCCAGCCGGGCGGUGCGGUGGGAAGCUUCCCCCGGUACGAGAAGGAUUUCCCUGCAAGUCUGCGAUGCAGUGAAGGGAUAGAAGAUGAAAAUACACAAGAAGGACAAGCAGCAGAUGUUCACUGGCCUCCUGAAGCACACGCCACCUCCGGCCUCCGCUGCAGCAGCCUCCUCCUCUGCCUCGGACCAAAACAGUAACGCACAAACUACAGUUCCCACAAUCCCACGGGGACACCUGGUCGUGGGCCCCAAGGACCAGCUCCGCCUCCUCACCCCCGUGGGCAGCACGGCGACGUCUAAUCACUGCACGGUGGCGGGGGCCCACGCCGCUAAGCACUCCGGAGGAGCCCCGCGACCUCCUUCCUCCCUGAGCGAGGAGGACGAUGGAGGAGGCGGAGGUAGGGUGAAGAAGAAACGAAAGAAAAAGGACAAGAGAGGGCGGGAGAAAGGAGGAGGGGAGGCGGAGGAAAGGGAAAGCAGCAAACCAAAGAAACGAAAGGAGGAGAAGGAGGCCACGGUGGUCACGCUGAGGAAGUGCAUGGAGCCCAAGGAAGCCAAGGAGCGAAAGGAGCGCAGGACCAAGGGGAGGGAGGGCAGGAAAGAAAGUGUAACGGAGCUAAAGAAUGUGGCGGGGCGGAAAUCGGCAGGUGCCGCCGUGGCCCCCGGGCCGGCUGAGGUGCCCGUCAAGGUGCCUGGCAAAAGAGGAAGGAAGCCGAAGGUCAAAAUCCUACCUCCUGUACCCACAAAUCAAGCAGCACCUCCUCCUUCCUCAGGACACUCCACCAAGGUCCAAAGGCAGGUCCACGCCACCCAAGGCCACGGCAAGAACCACGGCCAGGCCAACAGCAAGACUCCAGUCCCCACAGCGCCAAAACAGAGAGGCCGAAAACCCAGAGAUCCUGGCGCAGCGCCGGUGGAGAAGAAGAAGAAGGGGAAGAGGAGAAACCAGGUGCCGGCUGUCCAGGAGGGGGCGGAGAGUGACGACACUACCUCAAUGUCAGCCCUCAACAUGGGUGGAGAGGACAGCCAAGACCCCUUGGAUAACGCGAAGCGGCGUUCGGGACGUCAGGUCAAAAGGAGAAAGUAUAACGAGGAUUUGGACUUUAAGGUGGUAGACGACGACGGAGAGACUAUCGCAGUUCUCGGAACCGGACGCAUCUCUGCGCUCAACGCUACCGCUCUGGCAUGGCAGGCCGAGGAACCACCAGAGGACGAGGCUAACAUCAUUGAGAAAAUCCUGUCAGUCAGAGCAGUGAAGAAAGAGACAUCAUCAUCAUCAGAGGACCAAGCAGAGGAGACCGAGGAAUUUUACGUCAAGUACAGAAAUUUCUCCUAUCUGCACUGCAAAUGGGCCACUCUGGAGGAGCUAGAGAAAGAUCCCAGAAUCCACCAGAAGAUUAAACGCUUCAGGACCAAACAGGCCCAGAUGAAACACCUGUUCACCGAGCCUGAUGAGGACUUAUUUAACCCAGACUACGUAGAGGUGGACCGGGUGCUGGAGGUGGCUGUUACUACGGAUACUGAGACCGGAGAGGAGGUUACUCAUUACCUCGUUAAGUGGUGCAGUCUCUCAUAUGAGGAGGCGACGUGGGAACUGCAGGAGGACUUGGACCCAGAGAAAAUCAAAGAGUUUGAAGAGAUUCAGAAACUGCCGCCAGACCUCAGACACAUGGAGCGUCCUCCUCCAGAGAAAUGGCAGAAGUUGGAGCGUUCCAGAGAUUACCGGAACGGAAACCAGCUCAGAGAAUACCAGUUAGAGGGAAUGAACUGGUUACUGUUCAACUGGUACAACAGAAAAAACUGCAUCCUGGCAGAUGAAAUGGGUUUAGGAAAAACCAUCCAGUCCAUCACCUUCCUUUACGAGAUCUUCAGCAUGGGGAUCCGCGGCCCCUUCCUCAUCAUCGCCCCGCUUUCCACCAUCACCAACUGGGAGAGGGAGUUCCGCACGUGGACUCGCAUGAACGUCAUCGUUUAUCACGGCUCGCAGAUCAGCCGGCAGAUGAUCCUGCAGUACGAGAUGUUUCACAGAGACGCGCAGGGUAACACUAUUCCGGGUGUGCUCAAGUUUCACGGUUUGAUCACCACCUUCGAGAUGAUCAUGGCCGACUGUCCGGAGCUGAAGAAGCUUCACUGGCGCUGCGUUGUGAUCGACGAAGCCCACCGACUGAAGAACAGGAACUGCAAACUGCUGGAGGGACUCAAACUCAUGAACCUGGAACACAAAGUUCUGCUGACAGGAACCCCUCUGCAGAACUCGGUGGAGGAGUUGUUCAGUCUGUUGAAUUUCCUGGAGCCGCUGCAGUUCCCUUCAGAAAGCAGCUUUCUAGAAGAGUUCGGAGACCUCAAAACAGAUGAACAGGUAAAGAAGCUUCAGGCCAUUCUGAAGCCCAUGAUGUUGAGGAGAUUGAAGGACGAUGUAGAAAAAAACCUAGCGCCUAAAGAAGAAACCAUCAUAGAGGUGGAGCUGACCAACAUUCAGAAGAAAUACUACCGAGCCAUCUUAGAGAAGAACUUCUCCUUCCUGUCCAAAGGAGCGAACCAGCACAACAUGCCCAACCUCAUUAACACCAUGAUGGAGCUCCGCAAGUGCUGCAACCACCCCUACCUGAUCACAGGAGCAGAGGAAAAGAUUCUCGAAAGCUUCAGGAAGUGUCACAGUCCAGAUGCGCCAGACUUCCAGCUGCAGGCGAUGAUCCAGGCAGCCGGUAAACUGGUGCUGAUCGACAAGCUGCUGCCCAAACUGCUGGCCGGGGGACACAAAGUCCUGGUCUUCUCCCAGAUGGUCCGAUGUCUGGACAUCCUGGAGGACUACCUCAUCCAGAGACGCUACACGUACGAACGCAUCGACGGCCGCGUGCGUGGGAACCUGCGACAGGCGGCCAUCGACAGGUUCUGUAAACCGGAUUCGGACCGCUUCGUUUUCCUGCUGUGCACCAGAGCCGGAGGGCUGGGAAUCAACCUGACGGCAGCAGACACCUGCAUCAUCUUCGACUCGGACUGGAACCCCCAGAACGACCUGCAGGCUCAGGCACGCUGCCACCGGAUUGGCCAGAGCAAAGCGGUGAAAGUCUACCGGCUGAUCACCAGGAACUCGUACGAGAGGGAGAUGUUCGACAAGGCCAGUCUGAAGCUGGGAUUGGACAAAGCCGUCCUCCAAGACAUCAACCGCAAAGGAAGCCUCAACGGGGUGCAGCAGCUCUCUAAGCUAGAAGUGGAGGAUUUGUUGAAAAAAGGAGCGUACGGAGCGCUGAUGGACGAAGAAGACGAGGGGUCCAAGUUCUGCGAGGAAGACAUCGAUCAGAUACUUCAGAGACGAACUCAGACCAUCACCAUCCAGUCUGAGGGGAAAGGAUCCACGUUCGCUAAGGCCAGUUUCAUCUCAUCUGGUAACAGAACGGACAUUUCUCUGGACGACCCCAACUUCUGGCAGAAAUGGGCCAAGAUCGCAGAAGUGGAGAUCGACUCCAAAUCCGAGAAGGAGUCCUUGGUGAUAGACACGCCUCGGGUGAGAAAACAGACUCGCCACUACAACUCGUUCGAGGACGACGAGCUGAUGGAGUUCUCGGAGCUGGACAGCGACUCGGAGGAGAGGCCGUGUCGGACCCGUCGCCUGGGCGAACGCAGCCGGCGGUACCUCCGCGCAGAGUGUUUCCGAGUGGAAAAGAACCUGCUCAUAUUCGGUUGGGGUCGUUGGAAGGACAUCCUUAACCACGGUCGCUUUAAAUGGCACCUGGCAGAGAGAGACAUGGAGGUGAUCUGUAGGGCUCUGUUGGUUUACUGCCUGAGACACUACAAAGGUGAUGACAAGAUCAAGAGCUUCAUCUGGGAUCUGAUCACACCCAGUAAGGAAGGCCAGGACCAGGCGCUGCUCAAUCACUCAGGUUUAUCAGCUCCGGUUCCUCGGGGUCGGAAGGGGAAGAAGAUGAAGAAUCAGCUGAAUGUUCCCGAGGUGAAGAACGCUGACUGGCUGGUCCACUGUAACCCUGAGGUGGUGCUGCAAGACGAGAGCUACAAGAAACACCUCAAACAACACUGCAACAAGGUGCUACUGAGGGUGAGGAUGUUGUACUACCUGAAGGUGGAGGUUUUGGGUGAGGCAGCCAAUCAGGCUCUAGAAGGGAUACCUGCCAGUAAACUCGAGGUGUCACUACCAGACAUCGACUACAUAGAGAUCCCAGCUACGUGGUGGGAUGCUGACGCUGACAAGUCUCUCCUCAUAGGAGUCCACAAACACGGCUACGAGCGGUACAACGCCAUGCGUGCGGAUCCAGAACUGUGUUUCCUGGAGAGGGUGGGGAUGCCAGACGUCACCGCGCUGUCCGCUGAACAGGGAGGAGGGGAGGGGGCGUCUGAUAUGGCUGACAGCGUGUGCAAAACCGAGGAGGUGAAGGACGACAGGGAAAGCAAAGCCGACGCAGGGGAUGAUAGAGACGAGAGCAGCAAGGGAGAGGAAACCUGCUCCAGCACCGAUACCUCAGACAAGCCUGACAGCACAGGUCCAGACUCCCAGAUGUCAGGUGACUUGUGCGCCCAGGACGGGACUCUGGUCACCACGACGACGACAGGAACAGGGACCGGCGUGGCAGCUCUCCACGUGGUCCAAGCCCGGCCCCUCUGGCCCACCGGCCCCGCCUUGACGGCCCGCUUACGGCGCCUCAUCACCGCCUACCAGCGCUUCACGUUGCGGCGCGAGCCGCUACUCAGGCACGACUUCCUGCUUCACGACGGCCUCGUCGGCAUGGGGAUGGGUGGAGCCGGAGCCACUCACGGUCAUCACGCCGGUGGGCCGUUGACAUGGCAACUGGGUGAAGAGCUGAGACGGUGUUCUGUGGUCGCCACAGAACCUGAUCCUCUCUUUCUGGAGUGGCAGAGAAGGUGGACUCGUCGAGAGCAGUCAGAUUUUUACCGCACCGUGUCGUCAUUCGGGGUGGUUUACGACCCGGAGAGGAAAGCCUUCGACUGGUCCCAGUUCAGAGCACUGGCCCGACUGGAGAGGAAGACGGACGAGAGCUUAGAGAGAUACUUCAACUCCUUCGUCAACAUGUGCAGGACAGCCUGCAAGCUGCCUCCCAGGAAGGAAGAAGGGUUGGUGGAUCCCGCUGUGCUCGUAGAGCCUCUGACAGAAGAGAGAGCAGCCCGGACUUUAUAUCGCAUCGAGCUGCUCCGCAAGAUCAGAGAGCAGGUUCUCCGCCACCCGUUACUGUCGGCCCGCCUCCAGCUGUGCCGCCCCUCGCUCUACCUCCCCGUCUGGUGGGAGUCCGGGAAACACGACCGCGACCUCCUCAUCGGGGCGGCGCGCCACGGCUUGAGCCGCACCGACUUCUACAUCCUCAACGACCCUCAGCUCAGCUUCCUGGAGGCUCACAGGAACUACGUCAGGGGACACCCCUCUCAUCUUCAUCCUCAAACCCAUCACCACCCUCACCAUCCGGGCUUGGCGACUCAUCCCGGCAUCUCGUCCUCGUCCUCCUCUUCGUCUCAUCCGCAGCUGCCCCACCCUCACUGCUGUCUCUACGAUUCAGGUCUCGGUCGCCACUCCCCUCAGCCUCCCGAAUAUCCCCACCAGUCCUCCCACCAUCACCAUCAUCACCACCAGCAUCACCCCAUGCCUCCAUCCGCUCCUUCUCCUUCCUCCUCUUCCUCUCAUGCUCACCUCCACCCUCCGCCACUGGAUGCCCACGAUUCUGCCUCACCGAGCCUGGGAAUAGUGCCCGGAUCGCGGGGAGAUUUCCUCGACUGUCCUCCUUUGGAUGAAAGCCUGGAGCUGGGUUCGCUGCAGCAUGACGCCAUGUCUGCUGAUGCUUUACACGGAGGAAAAGCAUCCAAAGAUGCCCUCAACGGCUUCCCGUUCAACUCAGCCGCGGGAGGUCAAAGCAUGCUCAACUCGUACGGCGUCGGGGGAACGGACCUCGAUUCCAAACUGAGGAGUGACGUGCUCGUUGGUGAGCAGGGCUCGUCGGAGGAAACUGGGCUGAUGGCGCCGUCGGUAGAGCUGGAUCAGUUACAGGCUCCCUGGGACGGUACGGAUCACUCCAGUCCAGCGCACCAUAUGUUUAACGAAUCCGAUCCAAUCCUCGGUCCCUCCACCCUGGAGGCCGGCUUUCUGGAGGAGGAGGAUGAGGAGGCACAGGGGGCAGAUAGAGGAGCGGAGGAAGGUGGAACUCUGGAGGAAUGUUUGGGCCUCCCGCCCUCGUCCUCUCCUUCACACCCCUCGGCGGGAGAUUCUGUGGAGCCGCUGUCGUCGAGUUACAUGCUUUUCAAGGACAUCGGUGUGAGCGAGGAAGCCAGCGCAGAUCAAACCGAUCUGUCAGCCAGCCCGCCUCCGCCUUACGUUCCCCCUCCUCCCCUCUCUCUGUCUGACAUCACUGCCCACGUGCCGCAGGAUAGGUUGGGCCACUCCGAUGUCGCUGAGAGCCUGACCAAUCCCGUAGAGGAGGAAGGUCAGGAAAGAGGCACUGGAUUUGAGUUUGACGACAAGGAGGAAGAGGAGGUGGAAGACUUGUCGAGGGAGACCAUUGAGCAGAACGUGGAAAAACAGGGAGAGGACUGUGAUGCAGACCAAGGUACAGACCAAAGCUUGGGAGUCUUGAGUCCACCCAUGGAAGUGCCGCAGAUCGAUGGGAUAGAGCCAGAACCAGGUUUGGGAGACCAGGACGAGAGGAUGGAGGUCCCGAACCAACUGUCUCAAGACCUUCAGGAGAACUUUGAGCAAGCAGAGAAUAAAGAGGACUUACCGCAACACGUGCUCCCUUACCUUGGGAAGCUCGAUCAGGAAGGUAGCCUCGUGUGUCCCGAGCCUAUCGAAGAGCCCGGCGAGGAGGUGGACAGGUUGAUUUUGUAUCAGACGGUGGAGGACGAGACGAUGGAAAACUCUCUUGACACUGAAACCUUGAUGGGAGAUGCGACUGGAGAGUUUCUGCAAGCGAGAGGAAUUUCAGACCACUCGAGAGAGGACGGUCCAGCGGAGCGCACAGAUCUCGCAGAUCAGGUGGAUGAGAUCUCGGAAGGGCGAGUGGAUCAUGUUUCUCUUAUGGGCGACGCGGCGAUAAAGGCAGUGAAACAACUAGACACCAAACCAAAUGAGAUGGAGCUGGGGAGCAUUUACUCAGAGUACACACGACCCUCCUGCCCUUCUACGUCCGUCUCGUCCCCUACGCUAGCGUCAAAGUCUGAUGGAACCACCGCAAAGGUUGGCGAUAAGGCCGGAGUCAAAACUGAAGUUUCCAUGGAUCAGGAGAACUAUGAAGGCGCAGUUGAAGAUCUGACCUUACCAGACGGCAGAGGAGACUGUAAGAACAGAGUCCUGACUUUCUCCCUUGAACAGGACAACAAGGACAACAUGCUUGAUCAAAAUGAAAUGAAAAUCGCCCCUACUCUAACUGCAAACAGCAUCGACACAAAACCAUCUGACCUCAAAUUUUCUCUUUUACCAGACAAUGCUGGUGGGAAGAAACCACAGCAGUUGCAGCUGCCAAUCAAGGUAGAGGAGACCAAGACAGAGACUGUUGAGGACGACUACCCCGAUAGCUCUGAAGUCAAACGUGCUAAAUUUCUUGCCUACUCUGUUAAGUCAGAGGUCUUGGUCACCAAAGCUGAGCAGUUGGACUAUUCUGUCAAACCAGAAACACUGGAGACCAAACCUGAAGAUCUCAGCCUUCCCAUGAAGCCCGAGAGCUUGGACAGUAAACCCGAAGUUCUCCAGUUCGCGGCCUACUCAGACGGCACCGAAAUCAAACCCGAAGCCAAACCGGUAGUCCUCGGGUUCGCUGCUUAUCCGGAUGGCGUCAGGCUGAAGACCGAGACAAAGCCUGAAGGUUUGAGGUUCACCGCCUUCCCCGACACCUCUGCCAUCAAGCCUGAGGCCAAGCCGGAGGGCGUGGAGUUCACAACCUACCCAGACAGCUCCGAGAUCAAACCCGAGGCGAAGCCAGAGGGCCUCGGGUUCGCAGCGUUACCUGAGAUCAAAGCUGAGACGAAGCAAGAGCUUUUGGAGGCAGACAGCACGGUCCUGACUCCGAAGCUCGAGCAGGCAGACGGGCUGAUUGACACCUCAGAGACGCUGGUGAUGAAAGGGCAGGUGAAGGAAGAAAGGCCGAGUACACCAGUGCCUGUCGUGGAAGGUUAUGCGGGCAGUCCCAGGUUUGCAGCUCCUGUUUCCAUUUGUGAGAUUCCCGACAGCCUUCAUGACACCCGGGAACCGACCAUCGCUCAGCUGCUACAGGAGAAAGCACUUUACUCAUUUUCUGAGUGGCCAAAGGACCGGGUGAUCAUCAACCGCCUGGACAGCAUCUGCCACGCCAUCCUAAAGGGGAAGUGGCCUUCAUCGAGCGAGCAAUACGACUCUCCCGGCUCCAUGGCCGCUAACUCCUGCCUGGCCAACAGCUUAGCCCAGCACCACCACCACCACCGAGCAGGCUUCCUCCCCACCACCGCCACCACCACCACCUCAGGCUCCGUCCCAGGCCAGGCCAGGGUUCAGCAGGCCAACCCUGGACUUGGGUUUUCAAUCCCUCCCCCUCUCACAAGACUACCUAAGUACAUGCCGCGGGGUGGCGCAUGCGGGCGCGGAGCUUGGCGCCUCACCUCCUUGCCUCUCUUACAGGAGAGGCUGGUGGCUCCUCCCUACCUCCCCGAGCUCAAACGAGCGGGAGGUCGGAGGUCGUUCGACUAUGAGGCUGCUGCUGCUGCAGCAGCUGCCAAGGUGUUAGCUGGGAAAACAGCAUCAUCAUGCCACACCGCCGCCACCGCGAGCUCCAGUGGUGAAAAAGUGCCGGUAGUGGCCCCGCCCUCUCAUCGUACAGGAGCCAUGUUGAUUAAUGGUUGGCAAGAAACAGCUAUUGAUCUAACCAAGUCGUCAGGAGAAAUAAGCACCAGCAGUGGCAUUGGGACAGGUGAAGCUGUGGUUGCACCAGGAAUCAGCCACCACGGUGCCAGUGCUGGCAGCACACACAAGCUGCCGCCGCCCCCUAUCACGGCACCCUUAUCAGGCUCUGUUGGAAUCGACAUGGCUGGGAUACUGCAGGCCGGGCUCAUCCAUCCUGUAACGGGGCAAAUAGUUAAUGGGAGCCUGAGGGGAGAUGAUUCUUUGAGAAGGAGGAGAGGGAGGAGGAGAAACGUGGAAGCACUGUACUCAGAGUUCACCAAGAGCCGAGGACUGCACCUCCCAGAGACACAGAGCCGAGCGGAGGUGAUCAGCCACUCCUCCGUUUCCUCCUCCACCUCCUCGCCGUCCCCUUCUCCUUCAGAGCGACCAGCUGGCCCUCCCACACCGUCCUCCUCCUCUACACCCACCCCCACCCAGACGCCUCCUCAGCCGGAGAUCGUGGCCAUCGACAGAGAAGCAGCCAGCAAAGGCCUGAUCGAGUGGCUGAGACAGAAUCCGGGCUACAGCAUGGAUCUGCCCGCGUUCGCUCACUCUGGUCUCUUACACGGUUUCGUUGAGCGUCCCAAGCAGAGGAGGCAUCGCUGUAAAGACCCCACCAAGCUGGAUAUCAACUCUUUGACGGGGGAAGAGAGGGUUCCCGUCGUGCACCGAGGCACCGGACGCAGGCUUGGUGGCGCUAUGGCUCCGGCCAUAAAGGAGCUUUCCAGGUGGCUGGACGCUAACUCAGAGUACUAUGUAGCUCCAGACUGGGCUGAUGUGGUCAAACACUCUGGUUUUCUCCCCGAGGGGAAGUUCUCUCGGAUCCUGACGGAACCAGUCAACAGAGACCCGAGCGCUCGACGCCGUGGACGUCGUCCUCGCAGCGAGAUGCCGAAGCCCCUCCUGUCCGUCUCUGAUUCCUCCUCAUCCGGCCUUGGCCCCCCUCUCUUCAUGAAUGGCGGUUUGAUCGGCAGCAUGGACUCCAUGGUGGCCAUGCAGAACCUCCGCGGCGGCAUUCCUGGAAUUCCCAUCUCCGGGAUCAUGGCAGCUGGAUUCACUCACGGAUUCCCCGCAGCUGUCUCGACGGGAGGAGCGGGAACGUCCGCAGAAGAUGCCAAGAACGGGUUGAGUAUGUUACCCAUGAUGCUUCAUGGCAUACCGCACCCCCAUGGGGCUGCGAUACCGCAACACGCCUUGUUCAGCGUCGGCGCGAUGAUGGCGCACACGCCACCGCCGCCUCCUCCUCACCCAGCCUCCACGUCCUCCUCCUCCACCACCUCUUCUUCUUCUUCAUUGUCCGCUGCGAAGGUCACCACGACAACCGCGCCCUCUACAUCCGAGGCGGCCAGCCCCUCGUCGACGACGCCCGCCGACAGAGAGAGCGCCGCCUCUUCGGCUUCUGGUGGCGAGAAAAGCCACGAGGAGAAGGGAGCGGCAGAGGGCAACAAAAGAGCAGCGGGGGCGGAGGCAGCAGCAGCAGCAGCAGCCAUCAUUACCUCCACCAGCAGGGCCCACAUCGGCUCUGCGCAUCUCGGAGCCGGCACCGGCAGCCAUCUUACCUUCAACCCCUUCCUGAUCCCGAGCAUGUCCCACGGCCUGCUGUACCCACACAUGUUCUUGCCGCACGGGGGCAUCAUGGCGCUGCCCGCCAUGCCGCCCAGCGGUGUAGACGGCUCCCCGGGCAGCCCAAAGAGGAGGAGGAAGAGAGGGCGGGAGGACGGGGAGAGAGAGGAGGAGAGGGAGAAGGAGAGGCCGGCGACAGGAGAAGUAGAGGAGAGCGAAAGUACAGUUAAGGCUAGCGUUACCUCCCACCCAGCCUCCUCCUCCUCCUCAUCAUCUCCCUCCUUCCCCUCUACCUCGGCUCCAGAGCCCGGCCCGCCUCCGACCGAAGAGCCCCACGCCGGGCAGGGAGACGGAGAGGACGGGCCCGCGGAGCCCCAGGAACUGGACUCCCAUAACCAUCCCGAGGGAGCGGCAACGGAGGAGAAAGAGGAAAGAUCGGAGGACACAGAAGGAGAGGCGACAGAGGAGGAGAAGCAGGAGCAGAGACAGGUGGACGGAGAGGAAGGGUAGACGAGCAGAAAACUGCGGAGGACCGAGACGAACCACUUCCUGCUCUCUACUCCUGUCUCCUCUGUCGCUCUCUUUCUCGACUGAGCAACAGUGUAAAGUUUGUGCCGUGUCUGUCAGUCAAUGUCCAUGUAAAGACUUUUAUUAUGAUGAUGACUAAUAAUAAUGAUUAUAUUCAACUCGGUCAUGUUUAUAUACCAGGACCCCACCCACCCUCUCCCACCACUCCCUCCUUGUAUACAAAAAAAAAAAAAAAAAAAACCUAGUGUAAGAAACGAUCUUCUGUGUAUUCUUCCCCCUUUAUUCUGCAUCGAGACUGAGUCGGGAGGGACACUUCUCAACAGGAAAAACACACACACACACACACACACUGCAGGCGAGAUAUGCUAACCAUGAGCGGCUUUAGCGGUAAUAUUUUAAAAAGUUCAAAAUGAUCCAAGAUGGUCUGUCAUGCGGCUUGGGUUCGGUGUGUUUGCGUGGACACGGAAAGAUGACUGAAGAGUUGUGGCACGGCUUUGUCAGAGGUGGGUUUUUUUUCUCAACACACAGUCAACACAAUUCAGCUCAACCGGAGUAUCUUCACCUGAGCACUGUCUUCUUAUUUUGACACACUCCACUAAAUUGUGUGAUUUUUUUUUUUUUUUGGAUUUCACUUUGUGCAAUGCUCAAAAACCCUGCAGGCGAGAUUAACCGGGAAGUUUGUCUUAUAUAUAUAUAUAAGACUUGAAGAGUCUGAACUAGCAUUCCCAGAUACAUGUGACACUAAAAAAACUCCUUUUUACUAGUUGAUACUGAGGGAAAACACUGGUAAACAUUAACCGAAUAUGCAAAGAGCUACUCUACCAAGAAACCAGCAGCCCAAAAUACAUUUUCAUAGUCUCUAAAAGUCUCUAAAUCACCUCGAUAUGACUCCAAGUACAUUUAUUACAUGUAAGAAUGCUGCCAAAUCUUUUUUUACCCACUAAAAUUGGCGAAAUGUGACUUUAAUGUAGACUAGAAGGUCAAAAAAAAGUCACAAUAGAUGUGAGGUUAAUGAAUCAUAGCCUGCCCCAGUGUUUUAGAUAGUCAUUCAUAUUUUUUAUUUUAAUUAUAACUUUAGAAAUUAGAAAUCAAGAGCAGGAAAUGUCUAACAGCUCUUCACAAUAAGAGGAGCUCCACUUUUCUUUUUUCUUUUGCUUUCAUCCAUAAAAGCAGAGAACAAUCAUGAGAUUAUUUUAUUGUUUUUAAAGUCAUGUAGAGAUUUUUGUUUUGUUUUGUUUUAUUUUAAACUCCGACACAAAGUCACUUUGAAAGAUUUCCCCCCCUCUUCCACGUGUUCGGGCCUAAUCAAAAGAAAUGUAAGAGAAGAAUUUCAUAGGUAAGAGCUCAUGUCAGGCCACCAGGGGGCGGUAGGAGUCAGAUUUGAUUGUAUCCUGUCCUGCAAACACUGAGGUGGAGGGAAAGUGGGAGAACCAGAGGAGAGAAUAGAUGUUUUCUUUUUUUUUUUUUUCAUUUUAAAGUCCCAAAUGGAUUUAACUUCCAGUAAAAAUCAACGGCUCAUCAGAAAUGGUGCAAAAAAUAACUGCUGCAAAAAAAAAAACAAACGGUUGCAAUCAUGACCUGUAGCAUCAUGUCGUUUUUUUUUUUAUUAUUAUCUUCUGGCCAUGAUGUCCUCCCCUCAACUUUUCUGUGUUCAGAAAGAUAUUAUGUGUGCGUAGUCGACCAUCUGUCCAGUGAAAGGGAAUAAGUCUUUUUCAGGAAUGAAGAACAGGAGGAGGGAUACAUAAUGGGGUGUGAAUCGCUCGGGCUGAGUGCCUCGUCGUUGCUCUUUCGUCUCGUUUCUUUUCCUCAGAUUCAUAUUCUGCAGACCAGCAGGUCGUACUAAAGAGUUUCAAAAAUAUGUAAAUCUGUCGCUGUAUAUUGCUUUUUUUUAAGUGCACCGUUUAUUUCUUUCGCCUUUAUUUUUUUUUUUGUUUGUUUGUUUGUCCAUCGGGAUUUAAAAAAAAAAAAUACUUGACAUAUGCGAGAUGGGGUUUUUGCAUCGAGGUUAGUCCCAGUGUUUUCUGUAUCAAACAGACCGUACUGUACAUUAAAUGGAUGCAAGUUGCUGGUUUUAUUCAGUCUUUUCAUAACAGGGUCUGUAUUUUUUGGGGGGGUAUAUGUCAAAUGUUUCUGUUUAUGAUGUUCACUUCUUUUUUUUUUUUUUUUUUUUUUUGGUUUUCAUACAUGAAAACAUUAUUUUUGCACAAUGUCUUUUAUGUGAAUGUUACCCUGUCUUUCCUUUAUGUGUGUAUGUGUGUGUGUGAUAAUGGGAGAGAGAGUGUGUGUGUGUGUGUGUAUGUGUGCAUGCAUGCGCACACAUUUCCGUUGUGGAGCUGUGUUUCUACUCCUGUCUCGUCCUUACAGGUCACUUUUUUUUCUUGUUGGGAAAAAAAAAAACAAAAAAAAAAAAACAUAGUUGUUGCCUUGUCACAAUUUGUGGCUAUAUAUAAUUUAUUAUACUUUUUUCUUUUUGCUUUGCCAAACUCUCACCAAAUAUGACAUUCUUUCUUUAGUUUCAUUAUGUAUUAUUCAAAGUAAAAUGCCUUAUUUAGCUAGUGUUUUUUGUUUUUGUAAAGAUGUUCUGUUACAUCUCCAUAUAGGGACAUUUUAUCGUGUUUGUGUUGACCUUUGCUUGUAUGCGUACACGGCCUUGGUGAUGUGCAUUAUCUUCAAAAGCCAACAACAGUAAUGCAAAGGUACCACUGUCAGAAUCACUUUGUUAAUUCCCCAAAAGUCAAUCAGUCACCCCCCCUCCUCCCCCCCUCAAAGCACAAACGGAGAGUUAACAAGAAAUGACUGUUUUCUUACCAGUGCCUCUAAAAAUGACUUUAAAUAGUUUCUUUUUCUUUUUUUUUUGUGGGUUUCACUAACGCACUACAGCUUACUGACAUCAUGUUCCUGUUGGGACAUCAUCUUUGGGAAAGUGAUUAACAUAUGAGAACGGCAGGAAUGCCACACUGUUCAUUAAAGGGAAAUUCUGUUUUGUUUUUUUUGUUUUUGUUUUUUUCUGUUCAACCUGAAUUUUAUCUCAUAUGUUUGUCUGUUAAAACUAUCAGUCAGAAGGUUUUACUGAUCAUCUCCAGCAACAUUUCAGUCAUAGCAAAGAGAGUGAUCCUCCUGCAGCUUUUGAAAAAAAACAGAAAAAUUAGUUUGAAUCUGACUAAAAGUAAACAUAUAAAUGAAUCUACUGUAAAUCUUUGCAACCGUCGCAGAGCAGAUUCAACUUAACAUAGCAUAGCAUAUUAGCCGUCAAAUGAAACUGACCUGUAAUUAGUUCAGAAGUUUAAUCAGUGUAUGAUGAUGAUGUUGCGAUUUAUAUUGAUGUUGAUAAUUAUAUCUCCAAUCUGAGUCGAGCGAAGCCGAUCACAGAGAAAAGUCUUUACGGGCUUCAGUUGAAGUGAAUAUUGUUCUGAUAGAGUAUAAUGACUUCGCUCUGUGCCGUCAUGAAGAGAAAAGUAGCAGCAGACACAAAGAUGUUUCAUGUCUGCGAGUAUCUGAACUGCAAAGAAAAAAAAAAUAGAAGGACGAGGUCGACGCUGUGCAGAUUUCACUGAUUAGUAAUUGAGGGAGGGGGGGAUUGUUUUCUGCUGUUACUUUCAAUCAGACACAAUAACAAAUGUUCGGGACCAUUUCUUUUGGUUGAAAUAAAAGCUGUAUGAGGUUUUACACUCGUCGACCCAAUCGGCGUUGUUCUUCCUGUAGUCGAAGGUGGAGAGUAAAAUCCUGACCGAUAGCUAUAAAGGACAAACAUUUAAGAAUAAAAAGGUUGAGAAAUAGCACGAGCUGCUGCACGAGGCCUUCUGUUUGGAGCAAAUCUAGGAUGAUAAUGCACAUAAAGUAUGUAUCAAGUAUUUUGAUUGUUUGUUUGCUGGGAUUCCUGUAAAAAAAAAGGUAUAAUUGAAUCAGAAGAGGAAGUUGUGAAUCACAGCUAAAGUAUCUGAAAGUUAUAAAAUGUUACAAAACAAAACUUCACUCCACAGCCCAUGUAUGCACAUCAUUUCCUGUUACUGGCUUGUUCUUGUGUAGAAACUUGAAACAAACUCGUAGGUGCAGUAUGUGACGACAGUCGGAGCGUCAGACGGCCCUGUAAUGGUCUGUUCAUGUCACACCAUGCCUUCUUUAACAGUGUUUUCUGUUCCAUAGAAAGUCCUUUUUUUUUUUUUUUUUUUUUUGGUUAACUUAAAUGUUCUUCUGAACAGUCACCUCAAAAUGUUGUAAACGUUUUAUCUCUUUAUCAUAAAUAAUGUAUUUAUUGUACAGAUCUCGUCUUUACAUCGUUGUCUCAUGACUGAUUUAAUGGCUGCCUUUUGUUACUCCGGAGCAUCUCCUGAAAGACAAAAGCAUUUUGGUUCACAUGGAAGUUAAACUAUCUGCUUUUCAAUGUAGUCUUUGUCACCUGUUAAUCUGCUUUUUUUUUUUUUUUUUUUAAGAUGUAAUUACAUUGAAAUUACAUGUAAAGAAUCCCUGGAGUACCUCUUCUUUAUUUUCUCAACAUAGUUAACAGUUUCUCCAAGUAUAAAACAUACACUCAAGUAUUUUUCUGUCUGUAUUUAAGAAGAAGACUGAAAACUAGCAGAAACUGCAAACCUGAACAAGAAAGCAGGCGCAGAUUUUCUUUUAUAAUAUCCAACACAACCAUUGGGACAGUCUGAGAAAUGUUUAUUCCCAUCUUGUCGCUGGUUGUUGGCGUGAACACUUAAACCAAACCACAAACCAUUUUUCUUCUACUAUUUUGUCCCCAAAUGACCUGCGCAUGUGUUUGAGAAUCCUGGUUUUUAGCGCAGAGAUUUCCACCAUCACGCUCUCCUCGGUUACGUGAGGGUCCGCUAGGUUGAAGACUGGCCUUCGUUUAUGUCAGAAAAGAUCCCUCCACCCCCCCCCCCCCUGCUCAAGUGUCCUUAAGCGAGACGCUGAGUCUGACGUUUGACCUUCCUGUAGAAGGAGGCGAGUUUCAGUUUGAUUCGUCAUCAAAAUCUAAAACAGAGAAAAGGAAAAAGACGAAUGUAGCGCCCUUUUGAUACGCACAGCCUCAGAAAACCAGAGUCAAACAUGAUGAACCAAUGUGUCACUUAAACGCUUAAAAUCUAAACAUCAAAAUUUACAGCAAAUUGGUGUAAAAAACUGAAAAAUCCCUCGUGUCCGUUUUCCAUCUGAUUUCAUUACAAACUGCUUUCAGACAGCGAAAGAUUUUUCUUGGCCGAAGAGGCGAAUAUAUAAUAAGAAUUACAGCUCCUGGGUUUAUUUUUUCCCCCCUCCCCUCCUCGAUGUAAUAUUUUGAUGUUCUGUGGUUUAAGACUUCACAAAAAAUCAUAUCUACCAUUUCCACAAAAUGAGAGCGUGUCACAGGGGCAACCUGAUUAUAGAAACAAGACAUCUCAUAAAAAUGUAAUCAAACUAUGAUUAAAUUUGUUUCAGUCAUAAAUCUUUCUUGAGUUACUUGAGUUUUAUUUUGAAGAAGCAUGCUGAAGGGAAACUGAUCAUCUGUUUAGAGAGAAGCAGCGCGCACGACCAUGCAACAUAAAACAUAAAGAUUUGCAGGUUAGAGCAGUUGAUCAAUAAAUGAGAACUUCAACCCCCCCCUCCCCCUCCCCCUAACCCCCCCCCCCCCCCAGUUCAUGACCCUAAACCACCGACAGUAGCUCAAUAUAAAACUAAGAUAGGGCGAGUCGAAUAACGGUCGACUGUUCACAGCCCCGCUGAACCGAGUGCAAUGUAACUCACAAGGAUAUUCUUCUAAAAUAAAAAAAAAUUCCCCAAAAACAAAACAAAACAAAAAAAAAGCGGAGAAAAGACAAAUAACUGUCUGAUCCUGAAGUCAGAAACACGGUCAUUACUAAGUAAGUUAUGUGGUGGGGUUUUUAUCUUUUUCUUUUUUUUCUUAUUUGUAACUAUAGCUCUCUGUAUUCCCAUGUGGACCAAUCUCAUGAGUCAAAACAUGGUAUGUGUGAUCUUUUAUUGUGCAAUAAAAGAUGACUUUCAACUUUC